GCAGCAACCAGUUUCAGCUUGUAUUGCUGGGUCAUCGAUCGUCAUCAUUUUAGUACACAACCACCACCAUUACCACUAUCACUACCUCAACCACUACCUCAACUAUCAACUUCAACUUUCGAUUCAAAUCACACAAUCCGAUCAAAUGGCUUCAGAUAUCCCUUCAUCUGGUGGAUCAAGCUCAACUGAACUCGUCAAUAAUACCAUCAUCGUCGUUCUCGGUGCUUCGGGUGAUUUAGCUAAGAAGAAAACUUUCCCUGCACUCUUUGGUCUUUUCUUCAAUGGUUUCUUACCCGAAGGUACUCGUAUCAUUGGUUAUGCUCGUACUAAGAUGGAAGAAAAAGAUUUCCAUGAUCGAGUCACUCAACACAUCAAAGUUCCAAUUCCUGCGAUGAAACAAAAACUCGAUUCAUUCUUGGAAAUCUGUUCUUAUGUUUCUGGACAAUACAAUGAAACUGAAAGUUUUAAAGCUUUAGAAGUGGCAAUCAAUGAAAAAGAAAAGGAUUUCAAGGGUGAUAAACGAAAUCGGAUCUUUUAUAUGGCUUUACCUCCUAGUGUGUUUACUGAUGUGGCAAAAGGACUUAAAGAGAAUAAUUACUCGACUACAGGUGUGAAUCGAAUUGUAGUGGAAAAACCAUUUGGAAUGGACCUGCCCACCAGUCGGGAUAUGAUGGGGAAACUAAAAGCGCUUUGGAAGGAAGAGGAGACCUUUAGAAUCGAUCAUUAUCUAGGAAAGGAGAUGGUCAAGAACCUUCUCGUGCUUCGUUUCGGAAAUGUCAUCCUAGAUGCAUCCUUCAACAAGAGUCUCAUCUCCAAUGUCCAGAUCACCUUCAAGGAACCUUUUGGAACUGAAGGACGUGGUGGUUAUUUUGAUGAAUUUGGAAUUAUCCGAGAUGUCAUGCAAAAUCAUUUACUUCAGGUCUUGUCACUUUUGACAAUGGAAAGACCUGUUUCCUUCUCAGCUGAAGAUAUCCGUGACGAGAAAGUCAAAGUGCUUCGGUUCAUUCCUCCAAUCCUCAAGGAACAUUCACUCUUAGGUCAAUAUGUAGCAUCGGGUGAUAAACCAGGAUAUUUGGAUGAUGAUACCGUUCCCAAAGGUUCUAUCUGUCCUACAUUCGCAGCCUUGGUCCUUUACAUCAACUCUCCACGUUGGGAGGGCGUUCCAUUCGUGUUGAGGGCUGGGAAAGCUUUGAAUGAACAAAAGACUGAAAUCCGAAUCCAAUACAAAGACGUCACUCAAGGUAUCUUCAAAGAUAUUGCACGGAACGAAUUGGUGAUUCGAGUCCAACCUGGCGAGGCAGUUUAUAUGAAGAUGAAUGCCAAAGCACCAGGUCUAGCCAUGAAAACGGUACCCACGGAGAUGGAUUUGACUUACAAGCGGAGGUUCAGUGACCUGAAGAUUCCCGAGGCGUAUGAGGCUUUGAUCUUAGAUGCUAUCAAGGGAGAUCGAUCAAACUUUGUAAGAGAUGAUGAGUUGGACAUUGCUUGGAAAAUCUUCACGCCGCUACUGCAUUACAUCGAUGAACAAAAGCCGAAACCAGAGUCUUACGAGUACGGCUCUCGUGGACCGGCCACAUUAGAUGACUUUAUUACAAAACAUGUCGGGUACAAACGCUUCACACAAGGCUAUAGGCAAAUGGCCAGUCCAAUCAGCCCAGUAAAGCUUUGAUAAAAUAAAAACUUUUGCCAAGUACUCGGGGCUUGAAGAAGAUGAUGAAGGUGUAAGUUACACAAGUUAUUUAUAUUGUUUUGUAUCGAGCUGGUGUGACCUGUCAGUGUUAUGUAUGAAAAUUUGGAUCAAAGACGAGAAGUUUUGCAAUAUAUAUAUUAAAUGCUUAUGUUAAUCUGGCUUGAU